UCGCACCCCGCAUAUUUCUCACUGCUAAAAUCAUUUAUAAUUGUGGUUUUGGCUUUUCUAUAGCGUAGGAUUCGUUCUCCAAUUGUAUUGUUAUUGUCGUUAUAAAAACAUUUUGAGUAUUUGUUUUUGAAGAGUAGCGAACGAGGAAGGCAAUGGCGUACGCACCGGUGAAGCCGAUGAAGCCCGGGUUGGAGGAGUCCGCAGAGCAGCUUAACAAAAUUCGCAUCACACUGUCGUCGAAGAACGUCAAGAAUCUGGAGAAAGUGUGCUCCGACUUGGUGCGUGGUGCUAAGGACAAAAGGCUCAAAGUGAAGGGCCCGGUGAGGAUGCCCACCAAAGUUCUGCACAUCACUACCAGGAAGUCUCCGUGUGGUGAAGGAACAAACACGUGGGAUAGGUUUGAGCUGAGGGUUCACAAGCGAGUGAUCGAUCUUUACAGCACUCCGGAUGUUGUGAAGCAGAUAACCUCAAUCACCAUCGAGCCCGGUGUGGAAGUUGAAGUUACAAUUGCAGAUUAGAUUAGUAGACAUCAUCUGAUCAUUCUUCUCUAAUUUUUAUCAUGUUUUUUUGACUUUUUUCGGCUAUUUCUUGAUUUUUAAGUGGCAUUGAAGUUUGGACACAAUGAACUCAAGUUUUUGACAUUGAGAUGGUUUAUUUACACACAUUUCUUUCGAUCUCUGAAUCAGUAUGUUAGAAAUUUCACGGCUUACUGAAAAUUCUGGUAUGGGAAUUUGUUGUAUUAUUAUUCCAUAUACUAAAAACAAUUGUAUAUGUGCUCCUAGUACAUAUAAUUGUACCUUGAAUCUUGCUGAUCUGCUCUUUCAGUUCAAUGCACUGUUUUGAGGGUCCUGAUUGGUUGCAUUUGAAACGAGGCAGAGAAUGCUUUCCGAGAGGCCCUUUAGUAAAAGUUGAUCCAUUGGGGAGGUGUGCUGCAGUUCUCGUUUAUGGUUUGCAGCUGAUAGUACUUAAGGCAGCUGAGGUCCUGCUACUGCUUCUCGCAUUGAAUCGUCAUACAUUGUUGGGCUCCGGGAUCUUGACAUGAAGCAUGUGAAAGAUUUUAUCUUUUUGAAUGGAGCUUACAUGGGCCGGUCGUGUCUCAUGGAAACAUCACACGUGUAUGAUAUCUGCACUCAGCAUCAAUACAACUCUAAAGCAGCAUCCACUCAUAUGGUCGGCAAUCAAUCUUCCUCAUGAUGCAUACAAACUCCUUGUUGUUCCAUCUCCCAUUGGUGGAGUUCUCGUAAUUUGUGCAAAUACAAUCCAUGACCAUAGUCAGUCAGCAUCAUGUGUCUUAGCAUUGAACAAUUUCGCAGUUCCUGUUGAUGGCAGGUGAUGCUUAAUUCCUUUAUUCUGUAUUUCCACUCCUUUCUUGUAAUUACAUUGAUUCAUGCUUUUGGAUACAACUUUUUCAAGUUUUAAUUUUCUUUUACUGCAAGUGCAUUCUAGGGUUGAGUUGGGUUUUUCUUUUUGAGAUAUGUACUUUCUUUUCUUUUGUGUGCUUUAUUUAUUAAAAGGAUUUGGGUGUACAGACUAUGUUUAGCACAAAUUAAUGAAAUACAUCAUCAAGAAUGUUUGGCUA